AUGUCGGAUUCAACCUCCAGCUUCAUCUCGGCACCAUACGUCCCUGCCGUGUUCAAACGCGCAGUGGAUAUCCCCGAGCUCAUCAAGUACGCGAACGCAACAGGCUCAGGCGGCAAAUUCGGUCUCAAAUCGAUUAUUGCGUCCGUCAUUACCUCGCUCGUAAUUUCACUUCUCACACUUGUUGUUUUCUGUCUGUUGAGACCGAAUCAUACGGUGGUGUACGCGCCGAAACUCAAAUAUGCCGAUGAGAAACACCAACCCCCGAGGGUUGAUCGCGGGUUUUUCUCGUGGAUUAAACCGCUUGUGCGGAUGAAAGAAGGGGAGUUGCUUGAACGGUUGGGGUUGGAUGCAGUUGUGUACCUCCGGACGCUUCGUAUGCUGAGGUACAUGUUCUCUGUGCUGGCUUUGAUCGGAUGCUGCAUGCUCAUUCCUGUCAAUGUCAUCAUCAACCUCAAGUCCUCAACAUUUGCUUCGUCGACUCUCUCUACAAACCCCCUCGCUCUACUCUCUAUCGAGGGAAUCUAUGGCAAGUGGUUGGCUUUCCACAUUGCCUGCGCAUGGCUCUUCACCGCCAUCGUCGCGUACUUCAUCCACCGAAACUACGUCCAAGUACUUCGACUAAAGGGUACUUGGUUUAGAAGUAUGGAAUAUCAAGCAGCAUUAUCGAGUCGAACAUUAAUGGUAACCGACAUCCCCUCAAAAUGGCGCAACGACGACGCAUUCCGCCGUCUCGCCAAUGAGAUAUCCGAGGGACAGGAAUACGCCCAAGCCCGCAUCGGCCGCGAAGUCAAAAAUCUCCCCGACCUCAUCGAGGAUCACGAGCAAGCUGUACGGAAGUUGGAGAAGCUUUUGGCGAAUUACCUCAAGAACCCGGAUAAGUUGCCCAAUAAACGGCCUACGACGAAAGAUCCGAAAACGAAGGAGGUUGUUGAUGCGAUUGAUUACUAUACGGAUCACAUCGCUGCGCUGGAGGCGAAAAUUGAGACGGUGCGGGAGUCGAUUGAUGAACAUGGGACGAGGCAGUAUGGUUUUGUUUCAUAUGCCGCGAUUCCAUACGCUCACGGAGUCGCGCGGAAACGCAAGAGGAAGUCGAUUAAGGGCGCGUCUACGACACUCUGCCCUCCUCCACAAGAUAUUCUGUGGAAGAACCUCAACACACCCAAGCCGAAGCGGAGGACGAACAGGUUCGUCGGCGCUCUCCUGUUUUUCGCGCUGAGUGUGUUGUGGAUCGUGCCUAACGCACUCAUUGCCACUUUCAUCUCAAAUAUCUAUAACCUCGGCCUCGUAUGGCCUGCGUUCCAGUCGCAGAUAUACCGCUACCCAACGUUCUGGGCAAUCAUGCAGGGUGUGCUGGCACCAAUUAUCCUAGCGAUGUUUUUCAUGCUCUUACCAAGUAUCAUGAGACGAAUCAGUGUUUGGCAGGGCGAUAUGACCAAAUCCUCAAGAGAGCGAAGCGUGAUGAGUAAGUUGUACUUCUUUUUCGUCGUCAACAAUUUGCUCAUUUUCACUCUCUUUGGAACGGUGUGGAAUUUGAUCGCGGCGAUUAUCACGGCUGCGGCUAAUCAGGAUGGGACGAAUGUGAGUAUUUGGAGUGCAAUCAAGGAUUAUCAUUUGCUUGAUAAUGCUGCGGGUGCGGUUGUUGGUGUGAGUACGUUUUGGAUUACGUACUUGGUGCAGCGGAAUUUGUCGGUUAUGUUGGAUCUGGUACAGUUAGUCUCGCUUCUGAUUCGGACGUUCAAGAAGAACUCGAUGGCGCCGACGCCGAGGGAAAUGAUUGAGUGGACGGCGCCGCAGAAUUUCGAUUAUGCGUCGUACUACAAUGCGGCGUUGUUCUAUGCUACCAUCGGGUUGUCGUACGGACUCAUUGCGCCCUUGGUGUUGCCGUUCGCCGUUAUCGUGUUCUGGGUGAGUUCCUUCCUGUACAAGUACAACUUGAUGUACGUCUCCCAAACGAAAAUCGAGUCCGGUGGCCGCUACUGGCGCAUGAUGGUCAACCGCCUCAUCUUUGCGUCCUGUUUCGCCAACGUGGUAUUCUUCGCCAUCGUGUGGGUACAGUACGACAUUCUCAAAGCUGUUUACGUCGCCCCACUCCCAUUCUUAAUGGUCGGGUUCAAGUUGUACUUGACGUUCGUAUUUGAUUCGCAGUUCGAUUAUUACAUCCCUGGAGGACCGAAGAAGGGUGUUGAGGUUGGUGCGAUGCCGAGCCCGCCUAUGGCGAUCUACUCUGGCAAAGACCGUCUUGCUGAGCGUUUCGGUCACUCGAGUUUGCAUCAGCCGUUGGCGAAGGUCAUGGUGCAUGCCAAGGCACAGCACUUGUUGCCAUAUGUCUACCAGGGUAAGAACGGACCAGCGCCAACGACGGGCAUGCUGAAUACUGGAGCUGCUCCAGCGACGUAUGAGGUCGUUGCGGAGAACGAACUCGAUUUCGGGAAGUACAAGGAUCGUGCGGACUUUGCUGAAUUCAGGCAGGAUGAUGGCGAUAUCGAUGGUAGCCGGAAGAACGAGGAACCGUUCGAUCUGGUGACCCAGACUGAGGGUAUGCUCUCGCACCCGCACCCACCACAAGCCUACGACCCCGCAUACUAUCACGACCGAACACCAAGUCCGGGCGUCAACACUUUAUACCCACAAGCCUACAACAACUCCGACUACUUCGGCAAAGUCCCCACGAACGGAAGCGGAAUGGCGACCCCAGAUGAUAGAUUCGAGAUGCAGCCUGUUAUGGCGGGUGGAUACGUCGGUGCGGAGAAUGAUAGACAGGGCUUGUUGACGCAGGACACGGGAUAUUACCCACCGCGUGGACCACCGGCUAGACAAGCAUCGUUUGCGUCUGCGGCGUCUGCUGGGAUGGAAAGGACGGGGAGUGAUAGGAGUAAUGGGUAUGGACAGGGGUAUGAUUAUUAUAGGCAGCCAAGACGAUAA